AUGUCUGACACAUCCAACUCUACCGACUCCACCGAGGACGCCAGGAACUUGGCGAGCAGGUUGUCCGCCGACGUUGCCGAAAAGCUCUUCCAGCAUCUUUCCAACUCGACUUUCGCCUGCGGUGGUACUGUGAAGACCUCCCCGCCGGGUGUGUCGGCCACAGAGACCACUCAUGAUGGCAAAGACGCUCCCAAGCCAGACACCACCGAGGAAGCCUUGAUCGAGUCCGUCACUAUUCGCUGGGACUCGACUACAUCUAUCGAGAAGCUCGUCCUUCCUUUGGCCUUUGACAGCAAGACCAAGGAGCCUUCUCCGAUCGCAAAACUCGUGGCAGGAACUCAACCAGCCAGCUUCGGUCUCCAGGGUAAGGAUGUCAUUGAUGAGUCGUACCGCAAGGCUUCAAAGCUUGACACGUCUGCUUUCUCCACCAACUUCUGCCCGUAUGCAACCGGUAUCAUCGACGUCGUUGGACAGACCUUGCUGCCAAAGCUGCCCAGCUCAGUUCAGGGCAUUCGAGCCGAGUUGUAUAAGCUCAACAUCUAUCAAGCUCCGUCUGGGUUCUUCAAGGCUCAUGUCGACACCCCGCGCUCAGAGCUUCAGUUCGGAUCGCUCGUGGUUUGUCUCCCAUGUGAUCAUGAAGGCGGCCAGCUCGUUGUGCGCCAUCAGGGCCAGGCUACGACCUUUGACUGGUCUGGUCCCGGUAACGAUAUCAAGUGGGCUGCAUUUUACAGCGAUUGUGAGCACGAAGUCCUUGAGGUGACUUCAGGUUAUCGCAUCACCCUGACGUACAAUCUCUACAUGCGUCGUGGCCUUGGGGAGAUCGCGGGCUUAAGCCAGACCCUAGAUGCUCAGCAGCUGCCAGCUUACAAGGAGAUAAAGGAUGCUCUAGCAAACCCCGACUUCAUGAACGAGGGAGGAAUGUUAGGCAAGUACUGCAGCCACGCAUACGCCCAUGCCAUCAAGAACGCUGAGUCAGUAUUCCCGUCCGUCCUGAAGGGAUCCGACAUGGUUGCAUACGAGGUCUUCCGUUCUUUGGGCGUGAAGGUUUUGGUGCGUCCUGUCGUUGAUCAUAUUAGCAAGCAUCUGGACCAUGAGGACAUCGCCGACAUGGGCAUGCCCGAACUCUUCACCCAUAGCCACAUCGGCAAGGAACUUUCUGCUCCCAUCAACACCAACACCGAGUGGGGCGAGGGUGGUGACGUCGUGGACGUGUAUCAGGCUUAUCCUAACACCCUGAUGAAGGUGACCUGGAUGAAUGCGCCCGUGCAGGGAACUCAGAACAUGCAAUUCGCCUACCUCAUUUACGGUAAUCAGGCUGAGGCCGACUUUGAGUACAGCUUCUGCGCGCUUCUCUUCGAGAUCCCGUCACACACGGAGCGCAUCAAGCUUGCGGAGAAGCACGGAUAUGCCCUCUAG